AUGCACAUCCCUCAACCCCCUGCCCCAACGACUCCCCCCUCCCUCCAAAUCCGCCAACUCGACUUCCACAUCCUCACCCAAACCCUCAUCCGCCCUUCCACAACAAUCAUCACAACUAUCACCCUCGGCACAAUCGAGCCCGCCUCCACAGAGACCAUCGCCGCCGUCCCUCUCCCCGAGACAACAUCCCACCACCACAGCGGUCUCUCAGGAGGCCAGAUCGGGGCUAUACUCGGUUCCGUCGUGGGCAUCGUCGUGCUCCUCCUCAUCAUCGGCUUCUGCUACGUCGGCAGACGCAGAAUGCCGAUAACGUACGAUGAUGAGAAAGAAUCCAGAUACAAAUACAGAAAGCAAACCCACAACAACAACGGAUGGGGCAACAGCCAGAAGAAGAAAGCCAAGGGCAAAAGCUCGCGCACAACGCGCAGUGUAUACGAGUACGAUUACACCGAAGAAGAAGCCGCAUACUAUGCAGCAGCCCCCGCAAAAAGCAAGAGAAAGUCUUCAUCGUCUUCGAAGAAGAACAAUGGUGCCACGGUUCAAGAACCCGCUCCGGCUGUUGUCGCGGAGAGAAUCCCUGGAGGGCCAAGAUAUCCGACUUACCGCGCGAUUCCAAUAUCGAAUCCCCGAAACCCUCAGAUUUGGCGUACGGGUUGA